AGCUGUGGGCGUGUGCGUAAGUAAAAAUGGCGACAUACAGGUAAUUCAAAACAAACAAUUCCAGUCCUGGGAACAAACUGGAAGACGAGACCUUGACGAGCCUGGAGAGCUACCUGGACGAGUGUUUUGACAACAUCGUAAUGGGGAAGCCGAAGAAUCCCACAUCCACGAACACACCGUCUUCCAAACGAUGUCGGUCUAGUUCAACCAGUGCUGCUUCUACAUCUACUUUGUCUCCAGACAGGAGCUACAGCGACGUCCUGGAAUCCAUCGACAAAAAGCUAACUAGCUUGGACGCCCGCCUUGCCCUGGUAGAAGUCCUGCAUAAGGAGUUUCAAGCUUUGAGAGAGUCGCUGGAAUUCAGCCAAGCUCAGCUGGCCUCCGUCACCGCCGAGAAUGAAGCGCUGAAGGGGGAAGUCACCAAACUCGCCGAGGGGAUGAUCCAGCUGUCCGGCGAAAAUAGAAAGAUGAAGGAAUCCAUUCUGGACAUUCAGUCGCGGAGCAUGAGAGACAAUCUCGUCUUCGCUGGAAUCGCUGAACAGCAGGACGAGGACCCUGAGGCGAUAGUACGUGAGUUCCUCCAGAAGAAGCUGAAAAUCCCGGCGGACCAGGUAAAAAACAUCACCUUCCAUCGCGUUCACCGGCUCGGAGGUAAGAAGCCUGAUAAAUCCCGUCCUAGACCAAUUGUAGCUAAGUUUGAGCAUUACAAGCAGAAAGAGCAGGUCAGGAGUCAGGGCAGAGAGCUGAGAGGAACAGAUUUCAGCGUCAAUGACCAGUAUCCAAAGGAAAUAUUAGAUCGCAGGCGAGCGUUAUUCCCAAUCAGGAAGAAAUACAUCAGUGAAGGCGUCAGAGCUACAGUAGCAGUUGACAAACUUUAUAUUAAUGGUCAGUUGUUCAGGGAUCAGAAGAUCACUCCUUGGCUUUAUUAGAUGCACAACAGGCAGGUUUAAAAGCAUGUGACACCUGAUUAAAGUGUAUAGAACAUUUCACGGUGAUAAAUGAAAUAUAUGCACAGCUCUAGAGCACGUUUGCACGGUAUGACUGCUAGUUACAGCUGGGUACAGAAUGCAUGGGCUGGGGUUCUUUUUCUUUCACCUUUUCUCACUCAUUGCACUCUCUUAAUUUUCUGUCUUCCUUUUCCUUAUUCGUCUGCUUCUUCCCUGUGGUCCACACAAUCACAAGCACACGGUUUGAUGCUACCUGGGUCUAGGUAUAACUAUUUAUUCAGAGGCAUGUACUUUUCAUCUUCUCACUCACACCUAUGGUGAAUGUAAGGUUUGUGACAUGGAAUGUGCAUGGGGCUGGCACCAGAGAGAAAAAGCUUAAGAUUUUUAACCAGCUUAAAAGAUUAAAUGCAGAUGUUGUCUUAUUGCAAGAAACCCAUAAAUCAGCGGCAUCUAUAAGUGAUCUUAACUCCCCUGAGUUCCCUGAUGUGUUUGCAGCCUGCUAUAACUCGAGACAGAGAGGGGUAGCUAUUUUAAUCCACAAAAACCUCAGUUUUACUUUAUUAGACAAAAUUAUAGAUCCUGAAGGCAGAUUCAUCAUAAUUAAAAUAUCUAUUUAUAACCAAAAGUUGUGUAUUGUCAGCAUAUAUGGUCCAAAUGUUGACGACCCCUCAUUCUUCCACAAAGUUUUUCAUGCACUUUCAAAGCACGGGGAUUGUUCUCUAAUUAUUGGGGGUGACCUCAACUUUGGUCUAAAUGGAGAAAUGGACAGGUUGAGUACAACAGGGACUCAGCGCAGUUGGCAAUCAUUAAAUGUAGUCAAACAAUACAUGAGUGAUUUUGGUCUUUGCGAUGCAUGGCGAUCUCUUCAUCCUAACAGUAAGGAAUACACUUUCUUUUCCAAUGUCCAUCAUUCCUACUCUCGUCUGGACUAUUUCCUAAUCAGCAGCUCACUGCUGUCUGACGUCUCAGAUGCUGUAAUCCAUCCUAUUGCUGUCAGUGAUCAUGCUCCUGUUACUUUAACCCUAAUAAAUAAAAAAAUAGUCCCACAAAACAAGAGCUGGAGAUUAAAUACAUCACUGCUUAAAGAUGAAGAGUUUCUCAAAUUUUUCAAGGAAGAGUGGGCAUCAUACUUGGUGUGCAAUGAUUUACCAGGAACAUCAGCAUCUAUACUAUGGGAGGCAGGGAAAGCAGUGAUGAGAGGUAAAAUUAUUUCAUUUUCAUCUCAUAAAAAAAA